UGGAAACGCAACAGCACAGUAACAAAACAUCCUGUUGGUUAUUUUUCAAGUAAAAUAUUUACAUUGUCAAUACUAGUUACUUCAGAUAACCAUAAUUAUUUGCAAUUUAAGACGGCUAAGUAACUCGGAAUCAGCAAGAUGAGCCACCGGCAGCAAUAUUCCUCUCCAAACGACCAGCUUUCAUAUGAGGAGGACUCAUAUGCGGUUGGUUAUGCCAACUAUCCAAUGUUCCAGGGAUACAACUCUCAAUACUAUCAGCCAUGUGGUAAUAACUAUUAUAUGUAUCAGCAGGACCCAUACGGUUACAGUGUUUAUCAGCAACCAUAUGUAUUUCCUGCUGAUAGUGUCCCUGGUUGUAAUCAGCAAAGUUACGCUCACUCAUAUCGUCAAAACCGCCACAGGGUGAAAACUAGUGAAUCUAGUGAGAAUUCUACAACUGUAACCACUCCUGAUCAUACAGCCAUCACUUCACAACUAGCUCAGUCAUAUAGUAACCAGGACAAAAGUAAUGCUAAUAAUAAUGCUAGUGCCUCUCCUAGAAACUUUGACCCCAAUUAUAAACACUCAGACGGUCGCUAUCGAGGUAACCGGAAGAAUCAUUUUCGAGGUCGAAGCAGGGGAUAUUCUGGUGAUAAAAGUCCCAUUGUUAAAUCCGAUGAGUUGCGAGCUACACCUGACAGUCUAUACAGAAAUAGAAACUUGAGGUCACGAGGGAACAGACAGAGGUCGUAUCAAGAUGCAAGAAUUAUGAACUCUCAUCCCGAGAAGGUUGAAGUGUCGGUAACAGACGUGAUGGAGAAACAUGCUGGUGAAGAUGAUGUGAGGACAAAGUCGAGGGAUGCUUACGGAGGUUCCUCUCGAAAAACGUAUGUUAAAAAUAACCGAGACAGUAGAACAUAUACAAACCAAGAUGUCCGCUUUAUGAAAAUGAAUAGUAGUUCCAAGGGAAAAGCUGAAGAGGAAGAGAAUCAGAGAGCGACAUUGAUUGAACAGCUCACACGAGGAAGUAGUGAGUGUAUGGUGUGUUGUGACAACAUCCGUUGCAAUGCGGCUAUCUGGAGUUGCUCAAACUGUUUCCAUGUCUUUCAUCUGGCCUGUAUUAAGAAGUGGGCCCGAUUCCCCUCAAGCGUAGAAGGAGAUGGAACUGGUUGGAGAUGUCCCGCCUGUCAGAAUAUUUCAGAACGUGUUCCAAACCAAUACCGGUGUUUUUGUGGGAAGGUCCGCGAUCCAGCGUACAGCCGAUAUGACACACCACACAGCUGUGGAGAAGUGUGUAACAAGAGACGAAAGGGUGACUGUACUCAUCCUUGCACUUUACUUUGCCACCCUGGGCCCUGCCCUCCUUGUAGUGCCUUGAAGACUAGAACCUGUGAUUGUGGAAGAACGAGACAAACUAAACGCUGUGGCCAGGACUCAAGUUUUAAGUGUGAGACGGUUUGUAAGGAGUUGAUCAAUUGUAAACUACAUACAUGUGAUGUCGUGUGUCACUCUGGGAGUUGUCGCAGGUGUUCCGUCAAGAUUAAACAAGCGUGUUUUUGUGGACAUGUUGAACGAGAGAUAACAUGCGGCAGUGCCGAGUCGGAAGUCGUCUCGUUUUGCUGUGGUGGAAAGUGCAACAAAGUGCUGGAGUGCGGCAAUCACCGGUGUGAGAUGCUGUGUCAUGAAGGGGACUGCGGACCCUGUCCAGGCAUGCCUGGUCACGUGACGCACUGUCCGUGUGGAAAAACACCUCUAGCUGACCUUGACCUUCCACCCCGAGAGAGUUGUUUAGAACCUCUACAUACCUGCAGUGAAGUGUGUGAUAAACCUUUAGCUUGUGGACCUAAAGACUCUCCACACACCUGUACCAAGCCUUGUCACGAAGGACCCUGUGGUCCGUGCAAUGGGCAGACAACUCUUGAAUGUAAAUGUGGAGCUGUGGAAAAGGAGUUCUCCUGCACGGAAGUGUCAGAGUUUACAGAUGAGAAACCGUUUAAAUGUAAUAAGCGCUGCAACAAGAAAAAACUCUGUGGUCGACACAAGUGUUCCGACACUUGCUGCACUCGCGAUGAACAUGUCUGCGAGUUCACGUGUGGGCGGAAGUUGAACUGUGGUCUACACAAGUGUGAGGAUCCCUGUCACAAACAGAACUGUCUGCCUUGCUACCAAGCCAGUUUUGAUGAGUUGACGUGUCACUGUGGUGCGGAGGUCAUCUAUCCACCAAUCCCAUGUGGGACGCGACCUCCGGAAUGUCGCAGAUUGUGUGCCCGAGUACACCCAUGCUCACAUCCAGUGCGUCACACGUGUCACAGUGAUGAACUUUGUCCACCAUGUACCGAGCUCACAGAGAAGAUGUGUAUGGGGGGUCAUGAGACGAGGAAGAACAUCCCAUGCCACAUGUCGGACAUCUCGUGUGGGAUGCCCUGUAACAAACUGUUGACCUGCGGACAGCACAAGUGUAUGAGAAAGUGUCACAAGGGUGACUGUCUGGCAGAAGGUGAAGAUUGCCAUCAGCCAUGUUCAAUCGAGCGUGAAGAGUGCGGUCAUCCGUGUGGUGUCCCAUGUCACGUGGGAAUGCCGUGCCCACAGGUGGCCUGCAAGGCAGAGAUUGAUAUUAAAUGCCCAUGUGGACGAAAAGUUGCCAAGUCUCUGUGUCAGAUGGGUGGAGAGAUGGCCACAAACAUUGCUGAGUUUCAGAAAAUGACUGUUCACCAGCUGGGCAGUGGUCAGGGUCUGGACCUGUCACAUCUGACCAGCAAAAGGGGAGUCACACGACAAUUGGACUGUGAUGGAGAGUGCGCCAUCAUGGAACGUAACCGUCGUGUUGCACUGGCUCUCGAGUUGAAGAACCCCAACUUGAGCGCCAAGCUUGGAAAUCCUACGUACACAGAAUUCCUUAAAGAGUUCACACGUAAAAAUCUUCAGUUUGUGUCGUCUGUUGAAAAAUCUUUGGCCGAGUUGGUGCACAAUGCUAAACAGUCCAAACAGCGGAGCCGAAGUCAUGCGUUUUCUCCAGGUAAUCGAGACCAGCGUCGACUGAUACACGAGCUGGCCGAGUUUUACGGAUGUGAAACUGAGAGUUACGACUUUGAACCCGUGAAAAAUGUUGUGGCUACUGCUAACAGGUCAAAGUGUUGGCUUCCAUCAAUAACUCUGACAUCAAUAAUACAGAGAGAACUUCACCCCAAGGCACCUCCACCCAUUCCUCAUGUCAGUCAAACCACACAGACAUCCACUGAAACGAAACCAAUCAAGGCCAACUCUCCGGUUAUUGACUACUUUGAUUUCCCUCCAAACUGAGGAGCGGUGCACUGUUUGCACUGAUUCUGUUGUAUAAAUAUUAUUCUUUGUCACUUUUGAAUCUGACAGAUACCUUUUCCAACCCAAAACCACUGUAUUGUAUAUAGUCAUGGAUUGACAAGACUGAAUUAAAGUUUUAGACAUUGGGAUGAGUUGGUGGUUUACAAAUUAAAAUGUAAAUAUAUAACAUUUUGGUUUAGCUUUCAGUUGAUCAUUGGUACUUCAAAUUAAAUUUCAUGAUGAAAAGAUUCAUUUUGUUUGAAAAUCUUAAUGAUAAUAUUUUGGUUGAGAUUUGUCAAAUAAAAACUACUUAUUCUGAGCACUAAUUAUAAGUAAUGUACAAUUUUCAAUUGGUUUAUGAAAUAUUUGAUCCUCUUGAUUUAACCUUGAGGGUUGGUUGACAACUAGUAUUGGCUACAUCCGAAGACAUGGUUUUCAGAAAAACAAAUUGUAAUGUUUAAAAAAUUAGGAAAAUGUGAAACAAAAGCAAUUUUAUGUAUUUAUUCAAAUAAGAAAGCUCUGCAUCACUCCUACUGCAUGUUUAACCAUUCAAAUACCUAGAUAUUAAAUACAAAAAACCCAAACAAAGUGGAAUAGUCGACUAGACUUCUCUAAUUUUUACAAAGAUAUGUUGUUUAAUUCAUAAAUACUUAUGGGUAAACAUUUCUUCCGUUUUUUCUUCUUUGAUACUCAAUAACCAAUGGAUUCUUUAUACUGGGGUGUCAUUCAGUAUUCAUUCAUUCAUUCAUUUUAUUUCUUGUUUGAUUAUGAAAGGAAAUUCUGUGAUAUUUCUCUCUAUGCAAUGACAUUAUUGUUAUUAUCAAUGGAAGAUGAUUAAUUUACAUUAAUGUUGUGUGUUUAUAUAUAUAGAGAGAGACAACACUGUACGAGUGACCAUUUGUCUUACAAGUUGUUUCAAAACGUAUCUAACAAGCGAAAGCAAGUUGGAUAUGUUUUUAAACAACGAGUUGUAAAAUAAAUGGUACCUAACGGACACGAAUGUAGUAUUCUAUUUCUUACAUGUCCUAUAAAAAACAGGUUUAAAAUAAAUUUAAACACCUUUUCCAACUAAAACCUGUUUAAGACCCUAACGCUUGCAUCAGAGACAAUUCAAUUUCAGGUCAAUUGUUACAAAAGUGUGAUCGAUUUUGAUCAUGCUUUUUUGUUUUUUUUCAUUUGAUGGUAUAGCAUUGGCGACCAGGUCAUCACCUAGGACCAGCCAGUUGUAUGUUUUUAACUUGUUAUCAUACAUAUAUAUGUUAACAGUAUGUGUUAUCAAAUAUAACGAAUGAUGUUCUCAUCAAUGGGUGUGUUAUAAAUAUUGUUUUUUUUUUCAUAUGUGGUGUUAUGGACCCAUUAUAUACAGAAUUGUAUCAAAAAAUAUCUACAUUCGGGUGAGUUAAAAACAAAAAAUGCCUUUUAAAAAAAAAAGCAAAAAAAGGUUUUUAUUUAAUUGAUUAAUUUGGUCAUAUUCCUGGACAGAUAUAUUAAUUUGGUUUUGUGAAUCAUAUUAUUAUUAUGUUUUUUGAUUUGAAUAAAUAUAGCUAUUUGUGUUUUUGUUUACAGUUAUAUUUGUUGAUUUCUAUUGUUCUCAUGAAAAGCCUACGUGUUUGUUUGUGUUUGAACUCAUUUAUAAUACCUACAUGUUGUAUAUCCAUUAAAUGUUCAGGCAUGGUUCAUCCCACACCAUGUCUCUGGAAAGACCAGUCAGGGCUUUUAGAAAAAUUCUUUACAUCCACUAGCCAUGGGAUCAGUGAUUUUAAAAAUGUACUAGCCACGAUUAAUAAUUUACAAGCCCUACUUUACUUAAGUUAAUACACUUAUACUAAAUAAUAGUAAUAAUCAGAUAUGUCACCUAAUGAGGGACAACACAUUCACUAGCUGCCGGGCAUGUCAAUAGAGUUUAUUUACUAGCCCAACAUUGAAUAUCACUAGCCAUGGGAGUGGGGCUAUCAUAAUCUAGAAACCCUGCCAGUGAAUGGGCAUGAGACGGAAUGGUAUUUAAAUUAAAAGAAGCAAUUUUGAAUAAUUUAUGUUGGGGAAAGGGACAGUAAUAUAGAGUGCCAUCCAAAACUUUCAGGGCUUCGCCAGAGUGAAGAACACCAUGAGUCCUUAGUUAUAGGGUGUGUUAAACUGUUUAUCAGUCAGCAAUUCAACUUGACUUACUCUUUAUCUUACUAUUCAUGUAGUAUUAAAAAACUUAUACAUUUUCUUUAUUCAUAUAGCUGACAUUGAACUAGACCGUAUAGACUGUAAGGAAUAUUCAGGGGUUUUUUUUGGGUUGGGGGUGGGUGGGUGGGUGGGUUGGGUUUUCUUGUGGGUUUUUUUUGUUGUUGCAGUCUUGUGCUAAGCAAGGUCCAACCAGUUUGUUUAAUGCCAACAGUUACCGGUAGUGGGAAUUACACAAUCGGAUCAUUCGGUAAAGCACUUGUAUCUCGGAAAGAGUCUCAGGUUUGAAUCCCCCUUGCUGGAUUAUAAAGUAUCUCUUACAUGUAUUUGUACUUGUGUUUAUGAAAAAUAAACAUGGAAAUGUAAUAAAGGAAGAAACAACCCCAGUAUUUUAAUAAAAUUCUGUUUAAAAUUGUAACUUAGGUUUGGAAUGAUCACAGAAGUAAUAAAUCAACUAACUUUUGGGGGAAUUCACAAACUUUAGCCUGUUAAUAAGUACAUGCACAUUUUUUCCCCCUUCCAUUGGGCAAUUUGUGUGGGAUUUAUUUAUGGUUUUGUUUUCAGUGCUGUCUUAUAUAUAGAAAUAAUGUUAAAAUUAUCUGUAAAAUUAUUUUUAAUAUUCACCUAAUAAAGAUUGAUUCAAACUAU